GCGCACGCGAGGCGGGGGGCCUUGCCGCUGCCUCCGGGGCUGGGGCACGAGUGGCUGCGGAGUGUGGGUGGUUGGGCGUGAGGGGCCGACGGGCUCGCGCGCGCGCCGUCUGCUGAGGUCCCUCGGGAAGGAGGAGAGCGCCCGACGCCGACCCGCACGCGCAGCCCGGCAGUCGGCGGCGCGCCGAGGGCGGAGGUGGUGUGUGUGUGUGUGUGUGUGUGUGUGUGUGUGUGUGUGUAGCUCGGGUGCCAAGGGCGAGCCAUCAGUCCCCGGGUGCGAGUCCCUGCUGUCUUCCACACCCUUCCUCCCUCCAGGCUCCUUUCCUACAUCCUUCCCGCGCCCCCACGGUUGCGGACCGAGCGAGAACCCCCUUAAGCAGGUGUAGGGGGCGUGCGGGGUGGCACGAGACAAAAGGGGCACGGGGGUAAGCCCGCCAUGGCCUCCCGGAGCCUGGGGGGCCUGAGCGGGAUCCGCGGCGGUGGCGGCGGAGGCGGCAAGAAAAGCCUGAGCGCCCGCAAUGCUGCGGUGGAGAGGAGGAACCUGAUCACAGUGUGCAGGUUUUCUGUGAAGACCCUGAUUGAUCGGUCUUGCUUUGAGACUAUUGAUGAUUCUUCUCCUGAAUUUAACAAUUUUGCAGCUAUUUUGGAACAGAUUUUAAGCCACCGGCUAAAAGAGAUUUCCCAAAGUUGCAGAUGGCUGGCUCAUCUCCAAAUACCUCUUCAAGGUCAAGUAACCUGGUUUGGUUAUGAAAGUCCUCGUAGCUUCUGGGACUAUAUCAGAGUGGCUUGCCGGAAAGUUUCACAGAAUUGUAUCUGCAGCAUUGAAAAUAUGGAAAAUGUCAGUUCUUCUAGAGCUAAGGGUAGAGCCUGGAUCAGAGUAGCACUCAUGGAAAAACAUUUAUCUGAAUACAUCUCUACAGCUCUGAGAGACUUCAAAACAACCAGGAGAUUUUAUGAAGAUGGAGCAAUUGCCUUGGGUGAAGAAGCAAAUAUGCUUGCUGGCAUGCUUCUAGGACUCAAUGCUAUUGAUUUCAGUUUCUGCCUAAAGGGAGAGGGACUGGAUGGCAGUUUUCCUGCUGUAAUAGACUAUACACCGUAUUUGAAGUAUAUCCAAAGUUCUGAUAGUAUCAGCAGUGAUGAGGAGGAGCUAAGGACUUUGGGAAGCAGUGGUAGCGAAAGCAGUACUCCAGAGAAUGUCGGCCCUCCUUUCCUCAUGGAUGAGAACAGUUGGUUCAACAAGUGUAAGAGAGUUAAACAAAAGUAUCAGCUUACACUGGAACAGAAGGGUUACCUUGAAGAACUCUUACGACUUCGAGAGAACCAACUAUCUGAAUCUGUCUCCCAGAAUAAAAUACUACUUCAAAGGAUUGAAGAUUCUGAUCUGGCUCAUAAACUGGAGAAGGAACAAUUAGAAUAUAUAAUUGUGGAGCUUCAAGAUCAGCUGACUGUGCUAAAGAAUAAUGAUUUAAGAUCGAGACAAGAGUUAACUGCCCAUCUCACCAACCAGUGGCCUUCCCCAGGAGCUCUGGAUGUCAAUGCUGUUGCCUUGGAUACGUUGCUUUACCGAAAACACAAUAAACAGUGGUAUGAGAAAAGUUAUCAAAGUCUUGACCAGUUAUCAGCAGAAGUUAGCCUUUCUCAGACUUCACUGGAUCCAGGCCAGUCACAAGAAGGAGAUGGAAAACAAGACACAUUAAAUGUAAUGAGUGAAGGUAAAGAAGAUACUCCCUCAUUACUUGGCCUCUGUGGAUCUCUAACGUCAGUGGCAAGUUACAAGUCUCUAACAAGCUUAAAAUCUAAUGACUACCUUGCAAGUCCUACAACAGAGAUGACAAGUCCAGGCCUAACUCCAUCCUGAAAAUUUUUAUGUAAAAGCCAAAACUUUUUAUGUUGUAAAUGUUUAAUUUACAUGUUUGACUGCUGGGAAGACCUUUGAAAUUUUAUAUUGUUCUGGUACAUGUCUAAAAUUCUAUUGAUUAGAGAGAAUCCCCUCCAGAUAAGAGAUUUUGAGUGAAAAACAUAAUGAUCCUGCCAUUUUCAUUUUUAAAAUUCUUAUAUUUGUCAUUGAGAAAGUUCAGAAUGGAAUAGGCUUUAAAAAAAAAACUUUCAAAGAUCCACCAAAUCGUUCAUAGCAAAUUGUACAUAUUGUUCAGCUGAUUUUUAUAUAUUUAAAUAUACCUUAGUGGCCAGAGACUGACUUCAAGGUUUUAUUCCAGAGACUUAAGCUAAGUAUUUUUUCAUUCUUUCAGAUUUUCAAAAAAAAAAAGUUAAUUUCAUUUUUUCAUUAAUGUCUUCCUAAGUUCUAUGCUUUAAAUGCCUUGUUUUUAAUAACGGGAAAGUUCUCAGCUGCAUUCUCACAGUGGCUUAUUCAGUUUUUCUUUAAUAUUUACCAUUUGGUAUCAACUCAGCAUUCCACUUAACAUUUUAUAAAUUCCAUAGGAAUAUGCCUGUUUUGGUAGUUACUGACUUAAUUUGUUAGUGCCACAAGGAAAAUAUUUUACAGUAUUUUAUGCCAUUUAGGUAAAAUGAAUAAACUGUUUUCCAAGAUUUUCUUAAAAGAUUAUCAAUGUAAAAGAAUCAUCAAGUAUGCCUCAAAAGCUAGAAACAUUUCAAAAUGUAGAACAAACGUUGAAAAAUUGUUUUGCCAGGAAGGAGUUCAAGUUCAGUUAAGGAUUUGAGAGGCUUUUAAACAAGCAUCAGUAGGGUAGUUAUCAUACUUACUUAAUAUAUGUCUGAUAUUCAGUGCUGGUUCUUUUUCCUGUUUGUGCAACAAUGAAUUAUGUCAUGUGUGUUUUAUAGCCUCUAUCAUUAAUCACACCAUAAUCUCAUUUUAAAACAUUUUUAAUGUUAAAACAUCCCCACACUUAUAUACAGGUAAAAUUAGUUUUUUUUUUUAAGUUGUAAUCUGUACUUUUCUAUUUUUUUGCAAUUUUUGAAACAGCUACAUUAAUCCCUAAAAUCCCAACAUACUGAAAAUGUAUGGCAUGUAUUUUCUAUAGUAAGUAAUAUGAGGAAAACAUGAUUAGCUGUGCCAAAGAAAUUUUAUACAUUGUUUACAUGAUGAGGCCACAGUACUAAUUGGGGAGUUCAUAUGGUUUUUUUGUUUAUUAUUAUUGAGAAGAGUUAAGAGCCGAGGUUACCACAUUCAUUCUUUGUGUUAGAAAUGUAGGAGUGUGGUGGUUUUCUGCAAUAUUGAGAGCUUAGUCUCAUAAUUUGGAAUUUAAGAUAAUAAGUAGUAACAAGGCAAGUCUUUUAUGUAAGACAGUCAAACAGCGUCACUUCAGGGACAAAGGCCUGGAAGCCCUUAAAAUAAGUUAUCUUAGAUGUGCCAGAAUAUAUUCAGAGCUUUAUUCCUUUAAGCUUAAGGCUUCAAUACUUGUAGAAAUGCAAAUAUUCUUGAGAAAUGAUACAUUUUUGUUCUCAAUUUCGCAAUUCUAUAUACCUGAUUAUGAGUGAAGUAGCCAAAGCAGGUUUUCAUCAGCAUGGGGGAUGGAAGGUAGGUAUAAUAUGAGGACAACGGAAACUUUGGGAGAAGGGAGUGAGGAAAUGGAUAAAGAGAAAUUUGAAAAUUUUAGGCUGGACUUGAGCACUAUUGCUGCUUUCCUAUGAACUAUCAGAAUGUUUAAAUGCUUUAUCAUUCAUGGUCCACUCUCAACUAACAUUUAUUAUUCUUUAGUAAUUAAUGGUUUUACAUACAUUUUUAUAAUGUAGAAGGAAAUUCAAGAUUCCAUAAUCAUAAAAUUUUUCAGAUUUGUCUAAUGUAUAAUUUGUGCAUCUUCACAUGCUGCUAAAUGCAGACUUGACUUAAACAUUACAUCUGAGGAUCAUGACUUUUCCUCCUUUCUUGGAGAUCUUGGUAUAAAAUUCAUCUGCUGUUAUAAAAUCAGGUUUCUACAGAGUUCAUUUCACACUAAAGUUAGUUUGUUACUGUUUGCAUGAGGAAACAAUGUAUGUCUCAAUCUUUAAUUUUAGGUGGUAGUGUUUAUUGUUCACCCUCCCUCUUGCCUCCAAAAGAAUGCUGAAUUAUAGGCCAAUAUUUCCAUGUGUAUUCUGUUGCCUUGAUGCGUAUUAUACUUGUUGCAUGUAUAUUAAAAAUUUUGUACUAUGCA